CCACUAAUGGUAUAGUCCAAAGCAUCAUGGCGUCGGAAGGUGAGCAAAAGAAACGUUCUCAUGACGAAACGGCGGAAAGCGGAGCUAAGGAGGAAGAAGACGACGCAUGGGUCGGUCCUAUGCCAGCGGAGGCUGCCAAGCCCAAGAAAAGAAAAGUGUUAGAGUUUGAGCAGAUCUUCCUGGAUAACUUGCCGAACGCUGACUCGUACGAGAGAAGCUACAUGCACAGAGAUGUCAUCACGUACGUCGCAGUCUCAAAGGGCAUUGUUGGCAGUUCUGACAGGACAGACUUCAUUCUGACAGCAAGUUGUGAUGGUCACCUGAAGUUCUGGAAGAAAGCAGAUGAAGGCAUUGAGUUUGUCAAACACUUCAGAGUACACUUGGGAAAUGUGGAGUGCCUGGCUGUGAGUACUGAUGGUACCAUGGCCUGCACAGUGUCUGAUGACCAGGCUAUGAAGGUGUUCGACGUCAUCAACUUUGACAUGAUCAACAUGAUGAAGCUGGGAUAUCACCCAGGUGUGGCAGAAUGGAUCUUCAAGUCAGGGGACCCUAUCUGUGCAGUGGCAUGUACAGAGAAGAAGUCCGGAGUCAUCCACAUCUAUGAUGGGAGGUCAGCGACCCUCCUACAUACCCUUCCCAAGAUGCACUCUGCCCGCGUGUUGUUCAUGAAGUACAACCCAGUGUAUGACGUAGUUGUAUCGGCUGAUGAGACAGGUAUGGUGGAUUACUGGUCAGGACCUGCCGGAGAUUACAAGUUCCCAAAAAAUGUGGGCUUUGAGUUCAAGACAGACACAAGUCUGUACGAGUUUGCUAAGUGCAAGACCCUUCCUAUUGCUCUGGCUUUCUCACCAGAUGGCAAGAGAUUUGCCACCAUUGCUAGAGACAGAAAGGUGCGAGUCUUCAAGUUCCUGACUGGGAAGUUGAUCAGGGUCUUCGAUGAAUCUUUACAAGUUUUCACAGAGAUGCAACAGAUGAGACAACAGCUUCCCAACAUGGAGUUUGGCAGACGUAUGGCAGUGGAGAGAGACAUUGAGAAAUCAACCGGGCAAAAUCUGGCCAACAUCAUUUUUGAUGAAAGUGGUCAUUUCAUAUUGUACUCCACCAUGCUGGGUAUCAAAGUCAUCAAUCUUCAUACCAACAAGUGUGUCAGAGUAAUUGGCAAGCCAGAGAACGUGAGGUUUAUGCAGCUGGCCCUAUUCCAGGGCUCUGCCAAGAAGCCCAAAGCUCAUGUGACGGUGGAACUGCGGGCCUCGGACAACCCUUCACUACAGAACACAGACCUGGACCCCAUCUUGUUCUGUACUGCCUACAAGAAGAACAGAUUCUACCUGUUCUCUAAGAGAGAGGGAAGAACAAGUGACGACUCGGAGCGUGACAUCUUUAACGAGAAACCCUCCAAGGAUGAGAUCAUGGCCGCCACUCAGAACUCCACAUCCCAGCGAGUGGCAGAGUCAGCAGUCCUCCAUACAGUACUGGGAGACAUUGUCAUCAAACUGUUCCCACUGGAGUGUCCUAAGACAGUGGAGAACUUCUGUGUGCACACCAGGAAUGGUUUCUACAACGGACACAUCUUCCACAGGGUCAUCAAGAGCUUCAUGAUACAGACUGGGGAUCCCACAGGUACUGGAACGGGAGGGGAGUCCAUCUGGGGAGGGGAGUUUGAGGAUGAGUUCCACCCCAAACUGAAGCACGACCGGCCGUACACCGUCAGUAUGGCUAACGCAGGGCCUAACACUAACGGAUCACAAUUCUUCAUCACCGUCGUACCAACUCCCUGGUUGGAUAACAAGCACACCGUGUUCGGGCGUGUGGUCAAGGGAAUGGAGGUGGUCAACAAAAUCAGCCAAGUCAAAACACAUCCCAAAACAGACAAGCCUUAUGAAGACAUCAGCAUCAUCAGUAUCACCCUUAAGUAGACUUAACAGUUGAUACAAUGUAUGUGUUAACAAUUCAUGAUACAAUACAGUCAUAGAUGAUGUCCAGAUUUGCCACUACUUUACUUCAGUUAAAGGUAGUUCAAUCUCUACAAUUGCAUUUGAUUUUGAGAUUUUCUUCCGGACGUUUUGAGUGACAUCCAUGUAGAUUUGCCACUACAUGUAUUUUACUUCAUUUACAUUUGCAUGUAUUACUCAAUCUCUACAAUUGAAUUACAUCUGGAGAUUUCCUUUUGGCGUUUUGAGUGGCAUCCAUCAAUCUUCUUCAGCAUCAUCACCAGUAUAAGAAUAAACUGGCAAGAACAAAGUGAUAAUCUGAAGUACAUUUCUGAAUUUUGGAUAUUGAAUUUCCUUAAAGUUUUAUAUAUUGUUUACCUGGAUGUCUAACCUUUAUGAAUGUGCUUUACUUUUUACUUAAUGUCCUUCAAUGAGAUGGUUGGAUUACUGUAAAUCUUGUUUGCAGGUCUUUGGUAAAGCUUACUUAAAGGAGAUGAUACAAAAUAAAUGUAUCAAUAGAUUCUUAGCAUUCCAAAAUAUUUUUUUCACUCACCCAAAGAAAAGGUAGUUACCAUGCAUAUACAAUGUACAGAGGUUUGUAAAUCAGAAAGUCCUAGCCAACACUUGAUGGGACAGAGCAACAUGUAUUUAUGCAGGUUUUAUUCAGUAAUAAAAAUCAGACUCUUUCAUA